AUGACAUAUAUUGGUCAAGAUGGAACAGUAGGAGGGAGAAAGCCCUUCUCGAGAGCCAUCAUAGAAUUUAUCGAAGGAAUCACCAACUUCAUCUCUUUGUUCUUUGGUUCAAUCACAAACCCUCCUCGAAGAAUCGAGUCCAGGUCAACGUAUGGUCGUAGAAAUGGUAACAAUUCACGGAGAGGUGGAUCCGGACGGCCAUUAGGUGGUAAUGUUCGUGGGAUCAAGGACCUUGGUGGUGAUGCGCAAGCUCGAAUGGGUGGGUGA